AGGAUUUAAAAGAGUUAAGUUUCCCCAGAGAACAAGAACCUUACCAUCUCCUUUAGCUCUGAAGGCUGGCAGACAAUGGAUAUCAUAGAGACAGCAAAACUUGAAGGUCAUUUGGAAAAUCAAACCAGUAACUCUACCAACACUUACACAAGCCCCAGUGAGACUGUAGAAGAUGGAAACAAAAAUGGCAAUGGUAAACCCAAGAGCUUAUCCAACGGGCUACGAAAAGGUGCCAAAAAGUACCCGGACUACAUCCAGAUUUCUAUGCCCACUGACUCCAGGAACAAGUUUCCCCUGGAGUGGUGGAAAACAGGCAUUGCCUUCGUGUAUGCUCUCUUCAACCUUGUCCUGACAACAGUCAUGAUCACAGUCGUGCACGAGAGGGUCCCUCCCAAGGAGCUCAGCCCUCCACUCCCAGACAAGUUCUUUGAUUAUGUCGACCGGGUCAAAUGGGCAUUUUCUGUAUCAGAAAUAAAUGGGAUCGUAUUAGUUGGGUUAUGGAUCACCCAGUGGCUUUUUCUGAGAUACAAGUCCAUAGUGGGGCGCAGAUUCUUCUUCAUCAUCGGAACGCUAUACCUGUAUCGCUGCAUAACUAUGUACGUCACCACGUUGCCUGUGCCCGGAAUGCACUUCCAGUGUGCUCCGAAGCUCAAUGGAGACUCUCAGGCAAAAAUACAACGGAUUCUCCGGUUGAUUUCUGGCAGUGGAUUGUCCAAAACGGGAUCACACAUCCUGUGUGGAGACUUCCUCUUCAGCGGUCAUACGGUUGUGCUGACACUUACUUAUUUGUUCAUCAAAGAAUAUUCGCCUCGUCACUUCUGGUGGUAUCAUCUGGUCUGCUGGCUGCUGAGUGCUGCCGGGAUCAUCUGCAUUCUUGUGGCACAUGAAAACUAUACCGUUGAUGUCACCAUUGCCUACUAUAUCACAACACGGCUGUUUUGGUGGUACCGUUCCAUGGCCAAUGAAAAGAACUUGAAGGUCUCUUCCCAGACAAAUUUCUUGUCUCAGGCUUGGUGGUUCCCCAUCUUCUAUUUUUUUGAGAAAAACGUACAAGGCUCCAUUCCUUGCUGCUUCUCCUGGCCGCUGUCCUGGCCCCCUGGCUGCUUCAAGUCAUCAUGCAAAAUGUAUUCCCGGGUCCAGAAGAUCGGGGAGGAUAAUGAGAAGUCUACGUGA